UUUCACGAAUACAUGCCGCGUUGGUACACGCUAUUGCAUCAUGCGCAAAAAGCCGACUCUUAUUGGAACACUGACAUCUCAAAUGUAAUAUUGGCGCGCUUGAUACUAAAGUGGCGACAUCAUUCGGUCUCAUUCGGUUGUCAUAGCAAUUAAAGAAGGUAACAAUCUCGUUUCUUCAAAUAAUAGCGAAAAAUUAAACGGAUGAGCGUAAAAAGUGCAUCAAAAGAAAACCAACAAUAGUAAAACUAUUACGAGAAUAAUGGCAAAUGAUGUUCUUAGCAACGGUCGUUUAGCGGAAAGCGCGGUUGUACAACGGACAAGACACGACAGAGGCAAAAAAGCUCCAGAUAUACCAGCUAUAGAAAGCCGCAACUGGUUAUUACAUCGGCAUUAUAUUCGACACGAGUACAGCGCCUGUAAGCUUCUUAUCGAACAAGAAUUAACAAAAUCAGAUGGCCACGAAUACGCGAAUUACUUGAAGGGUUUAAUUCUCAGAAAAGAGGGCAAAAUUCAAGAUUCGUUAGAUUGUUUUCAGACCGCAUAUAAUGUGAAUUCGACGAACAUUGAUAAUGUUAAACAGAUAGCAAAGUCGUUAUUAAUAAUGGGAAGUCAUAAGCGCGCGAUAGAUGCUUAUACGGAAGCCGAGAAGAUAUCGGCCCUGCCGGAUUGGGAGAUAUAUUACGGUCUAGGCGAGGCUUACAUAAAAUUGAAUCAGUUACAAGAAGGUAAGAAACAUUUUAAGAAAUCGACAGAAUUAACGAAAAAUGAGCUGCCCAAUCUCGCUCUCGCGAGGCUUUACCUCUUAGAUGACAUGAUUCCAGAAGCAAGAACUGCUUAUACUGCAGCUUUGAACGGAAAUCCCGAGAGCACCGACGCGGCAACAGAACUGGGUCUCUUGUAUCUCAGGAUUGGAGAUACGCAACGGGCGUUUCAGCAAUUUGGAGCAGCUUUGGCUCAAUCGCCUAAUUGCGUCAAAGCAAUUUUGCCUAUGGCUUAUAUAAUGCAAAAUCAUAGAGAGUACGACGUAGCCUUAUCAAAAUACAAAGUAGCAGCACAAACUAUUCCAGAGUCUUCAGCUCUUUGGAAUAACAUUGGAAUGUGCCUCUAUGGAAAACAAAAAUAUGUUGCAGCUAUUAGCUCGUUGAAGCGAGCGCAUUACCUGAACCCGAUGUCCUGCGUCCCGUCUUGCAACUUGGGAAUCGUUUUUCUUACCACUGGGCAGCCUGCAUCAGCUGCGAUUUAUCUGUGCGCCGCCGUCAGCGCUGAACCAAAGAAUCCUACGCCGUAUCUGUUACUAGGUCUGGCUUUGAAACGUUUGGACGAUUUGGAGGGCGCUGAAAGGUCUUUAACAAAAGCUCAUGCCCUAGCUCCUCAAGAUCCACUGAUAUUGAUUAACCACGCAGUGAUUCUCGAUGCUCGUGACAAACAAGCUAAUGCUGCUGAAAUUUUAACAGCACUCAAUGACAUUAUGGCUGUUGUCGACGUCGAUAUACAGAUAUCGCAAAUGGCGAAAAAAUUAUCAAAGAAAUUUCAACGCGAGAAAACAGAAUUAAAUAGCGCUCAAGAGCCGACGGACGGCAGUGAACAGCAGCGACAAUUGAGCGCUGACGAAGUUUAAAAAUCACGCUACUUGUUAUGCGAAAGUAUAUAUACUGACCGCACAGUUGUAACUAAAUGUCUAAAUUUAAAUAAAUAAACUAUAAAAAUGUCGGUAUAAAAUACUUUCUAUUUCCAUUUGAUUGCUUUAUGCAAAUAAGGCACAAUAAAUCUACAUUAAUGACGCAUGCUGGCAUUUAUUUAUUUUUCACAAGCAUCAAAAGGUAUACAUUUAGAAGAAUACAAUGAGAUGUGAAAUUGCAAAAUUAAGUACAGAAAUUGAUUUUACGAGAAAAUGCAUGCAUAUAAAUUAG